GCUUUUUAGCAUAAGACAUGACAAGAUCAGUUAUCUUCUUCUUUACUGUCUCUCUUCUGCUUCUUCUUGCGGCGGUUUCUGCAAUUGCAUCUUCAGGGAACGUGACAAGUGGGUUUAGUUAUGGUGGUUGUGUUUCUGGAGUCACCGUUGGAGAAUGCAUAACUGCAGCGGUUGAGGAUGAGGAGGGAGUUGAGGCGGUGGUGAGGAGGAUUCUGCAACAACAGAGGAGGAAACUAAGCUACAAAGCUCUGCAGAAGCAGUAAUCUUGCAAUGGUAAGAUCGGCAUUGGAACAGCUAACCAGAGAAACGCACCUUGCACUUACUACAACAGAUGCAAACGUGCCACUUAGCUAAAUUUUGUUUUACUUUCUUUCUCCUCUCUUUGUUGUUUGGUUUCUUUCUGUUAAUUAUGUGUGUUUUG